AUGGCGGAAUGUCCGGGUCAUUUCGGACAUAUUGUGCUCUCGAAACCAGUUUUCCAUGCAGUAUUCUUGCCGAAGAUCAUUAAAGUUAUGAGAUGUGUUUGCUUCUACUGUUCCAGAUUGCUCGUUGAUCCGGAACUGCCAAAAAUGAAGAUGAUAUUAAGUAAAACUAAAAGUGACUUUAAUCGUAGACAAAAUUUGGUAUACAACCUCUGCAAAGUUAAAACCACCUGUGAGUGUAGGAGUGGGGAUGUCGAAACAGGAGAGAAAAUGGAACAAGAUGUGCAGGUGGAAGGAUGCGGUCGUCACCAGCCGAAAAUCAGAAAGAUUGGUUUGGAGUUGACGGCAGAAUGGAAUGUGCUUAAUCACGAGAGCCAAGAAAAAAAGAUUGUGCUGACGGCCGAACGCGUUCUUGAGAUCUUCCGGGAGAUCACUGACGAGACGUGCUCGUAUUUAGGAAUGGACGCCAGGUACGCACGACCUGAUUGGAUGAUUGCGACCAUCUUACCAGUGCCUCCACUGCCUGUUAGACCGUCUGUCCUCAAUUUCGGAGCAGCUAGGAGUCAGGAUGACAUAACAUACAAACUGGCCGACAUUAUAAAGAUCAACAACAAAUUGAAGCGCAACGAAGAGCAAGGAGCUCCCCCCCACAUUUUAGAUGAAAACAUUAAAUUACUUCAGUAUCAUGUGGCUACCAUGAUUAACAACGAAAUGCCUGGACAGCCUAAAGCCACUCAGAGAUGUGGUCGUCCGUUGAAAUCCAUCACAGAGCGUUUGAAGGGCAAGGAAGGUCGUGUCCGUGGUAAUCUCAUGGGAAAGAGAGUUGAUUUUUCGGCGAGGACAGUUAUUACACCAGACCCCAUGUUGAAGAUUGAUCAAGUUGGCGUUCCUAUGACAAUUGCCAAAAACCUCACCUAUCCAGAGCUGGUCACCCCCUUCAACAUCGAUAGGUUGACUCAACUGGUACAUAGAGGGCCCAACAAUUACCCUGGUGCUAGGUACAUAAUCAAGCAAAAUAAUGUUCGCAUUGAUCUAAGAUAUCAUCGUAAAUUAUCUGAUCUACAUCUUCAAAUUGGGGAAACGGUUGAGCGUCAAAUGCUAGACGACGAUUACGUGAUCUUCAAUCGUCAGCCCACAUUGCACAAGAUGUCCAUGAUGUGUCACAAGGUCAAAGUAUUGCCUUAUUCCACAUUUAGACUAAACCUCAGUGCUACAACCCCUUACAAUGCCGAUUUCGAUGGCGACGAAAUGAACCUCCACCUUGCUCAGUCCCUCGAAACAAGGGCAGAGAUCAGUCAGCUGUCAUCAGUUAAAAGGAUGAUCAUAACUCCACAAGCCAACAGACCCGUUAUGGGCAUUGUUCAAGAUUCCCUGACCGCUGUUAAUAAAAUGACUAGAAGAGAUUCGUUUAUUGACAAGAAAAACAUGAUGGACCUUAUCAUGUACAUACCACAUUGGAAUGGGAAAAUACCUCAACCGGCGAUUUUAAAACCCGAACCUCUCUGGACCGGCAAGCAACUUUUCUCCCUCAUAAUUCCCGGCCAGAUAAACUGCAUACGUACUCACAGCACGCAUCCCGACGAUGAAGACAGGGGACCGUACAAAUGGAUCUCACCCGGAGAUACGAAGGUAAUUGUUGAGAACGGACAGCUACUUAGUGGAAUUCUGUGCAAGAAAUCACUUGGACCUAGUUCUGGAUCACUCCAGCAUAUUAUCUACCACGAAUUGGGACGCGAAGCAACAGGAGAUUUUUACUCGCACGUACAAAUGGUUACCAAUCAGUGGCUUCUUACUGAGGGACACAGCAUUGGUGUAGCAGACAUUAUUGCAGAUUAUAAGACAUAUAUGGAUAUCCAAUUAGCUGUCAUGGAAGCCAAAGCCAAUGUAGCUGAUAUUACCUAUAAAGCUCAAAAGGGUGAGCUGGAACUAACUCCUGGUAACACUUUUAUACAAACCUUUGAAAAUCAGGUUAAUCGUAUCUUGAAUGAUGCAAGAGACCAAACAGGCAGAUUGGCUCAGGAUUCUUUAUCGGACUUUAACAACUUUAAAACAAUGGUAGUUGCUGGAUCAAAGGGGAAUAGAAUCAAUAUUUCACAAAUCAUAGCCUGUGUAGGGCAACAAAAUGUAGAGGGCAAACGUAUCCAAUUUAGUUUCCGUGAUCGGACUCUUCCUCACUUCCUGAAAAACGAUCAUGGACCUGAAAGUCAAGGUUUCGUUGAAAAUUCUUACCUGGCCGGAAUUACGCCUACUGAAUUUUACUUCCACGCGAUGGGCGGUAGAGAAGGAUUGAUCGAUACCGCUGUCAAAACUGCUGAAACUGGUUACAUUCAGCGCCGUCUCAUCAAGGCCAUGGAGAGCGUGAUGGUCAAAUACGACGGUACAGUGAGAAACCAAGCUGAGGAGCUCAUCCAGUUGCGCUACGGAGAGGAUGGUUUAGCGGGCGAGUGGGUGGAGUUCCAGAAUCUGCCAUCUCUCAAACCGUCUGACAAAGCAUUUGAGAGAGAAUUUAAAUUUGACCUAUUCAACGAAAAGAAACUGAAGCGCUGUUUAUAUGAAGAUGUCUUGAGAGAUAUGCAUCGUGAUGCAAACUUUUCAUUCGAGAUCGAACGGGAGUACGAACAACUGCUCGAUGACCGCAUGGCAGUCAGGCAGAUAUUUCCAAACGGAGAGAGUAGGGUUGUCCUUCCGUGCAAUCUUCAACGGAUGAUUUGGAACGCACAAAAAUUUUUCAAAAUAAACCAUAAGAGGCCAUCAGAUCUUAAUCCUUUAAAAAUUAUAAAAGAUGUGCGCGAACUCAGCAAGAAAUUCAUGAUCGUGAAGGGAGAGGAUAGGCUGAGUAAGGCCGCCAAUACAAAUGCUACUCUGCUCAUGAAUAUAUUAAUGAGAUCUACGCUAUGCUCUAAGAAGGUCAUUGAAGAAUUUCAUCUCUCCUCUGAAGCGUUUGAUUGGCUCAUCGGUGAAAUCGAGACGAAGUUUACCCAAGCUCAAGUUGAACCGGGCGAGAUGGUGGGUGCACUUGCCGCCCAGUCCCUCGGCGAACCUGCCACUCAGAUGACUCUCAACACUUUCCACUACGCGGGAGUGUCCUCGAAAAAUGUAACUCUGGGUGUUCCUAGAUUGAAAGAGAUUUUAAGCAUCUCAAAAAAGCCCAAAACUCCUACGUUGACUGUUUUCCUGACUGAACAAGUAGCUAAGGAUGCUGAGAAGGCUAAGGAUGUUCUCUGUCUGAUAGAGCAUGCUACAUUAGGCAAAGUUGCAUCCAGCUCUGCAAUUAUUUACGAUAGUGACAUUAGGCACUCCGUAGUCAAGGAAGAUCAGGAUUGGAUCAACACGUACUACGACCUACCUGAUAUUGACUUAAAUCGCUUGUUGCCAUGGCUGCUGAGAAUUGAGUUGGAUAGGAAGAGAAUGACUGAUAGAAGACUAACAAUGGAGCAGAUAGCGGAGAAGAUCACAGCAGGAUUUGGCGAUGAUUUGAAUGUCAUCUUCACUGACGACAACGCAGAAAAAUUAACUCUUAGAAUCAGAUUGAACAAACAAGCUGACAAGGAAAAUCAAGAGACAGUUGAAGAUGAAUUUGACAAAAUAACAGACGACAAAUUCCUCAAACUCAUUGAGACCAACCUGUUGAAAGAUCUAACCCUGCAAGGCAUCAGCAACAUCUCAAAGGCGUACUUGGUUCAUCCGACGUCAGAUGAAAAGAAACGCAUCAUCAUUGACGAAAAAGGCGAGUUCAAAACCAUACAAGAAUGGAUACUUGAAACUGACGGCACCAACCUGCGUUCUGUGUUGACAGUUGAGAAUGUCGACCAUGUUAGAACCAUCUCAAAUGACAUCGUUGAGAUUUUUGACGUCCUGGGAAUCGAGGCAGUACGUAAAGCGAUUGAACGCGAGAUGAACAACGUCAUCUCAUUUGACGGCUCCUACGUCAACCACAGACACCUCGCUCUGCUCUGCGACGUCAUGACGGCCAAAGGCCAUCUGAUGGCAAUAACUCGUCACGGUCUCAACAGGCAAGAGACCGGUGCACUGGCUCGAUGCUCUUUUGAAGAAAUGGUUUGUUGA